UAAGCAUUUACCACCUUGAUUUCAAAAACGACUUGCUAUUAUAAGGACAUUACUGUUUCUCUCUAAGCUAUCUCCUCAGAGUCUAUCUGCUUAUUUUGGACAUGAACAAUGCAGUCAGCAUUCACUGACAGACCUCGCGGUGGCCAUGUUGUGAGCUCACAUGCUUUUUGCAGCUCUGUCUGAUUGACUCCUGCCUCCCAAAAAAGCAACAGCAUCAUGGGCUGGGGCUUUGUACCACGUCUCUCUGAUCCAGCUCUUAAGACCCCUCCAGCUGCCCACCACAGUAGAUGAGCAUUCACUCUCGCUUACACCACUUGAAAGAUCCCAGGCGCCUGGGAUAGCACCAAUACUGAGACAAAACCAAGACUUUAAGACUCUUGAGAAAACUACCGAGAGGCCAUGAGUACAUUCGGCUAUCGGCGGGAACUAAGUAAGUAUGAGGAUUUGGAUGAAGAUGAGCUGUUGGCUUCGCUGACUGCCGAGGAGCUUCAGGAGCUCGAGAAGGAGUUGGCUGAUAUUGACCCAGAUGACAAUCUUCCCAUCGGACUGCGACAGAGAGACCAGACAGAAAAGACUCCCACUGGAACGUUCAGCAGGGAAGCUCUGAUGAAAUACUGGGAAAAUGAGACUCGAAAACUGUUGGAGGAGGAGAGGAUCGGAUCGACAAGUCCUGGACAGAAAGAUGAAGACAGCAGGGAAGCAGAGGAAUGCAUGACUGAGAGCGACACUGAAGAAUCUGGGGAUGAGAAAGACAAGGCUGAAGAACAAGAGAAAGACACCCAAAAAUAUCAGGAAGUUGAGGAAGACCAAGAAGAGGAAAGUGAACCAGAGGAGCCGGUAACAGAAGAAGAGGAAGAGGCGGAAGAAGACGAUGAAGAGGAAGAAGAGGAAGAGGAAGAAACUGAAGAAGAGAACAGUCCUAAAAUGGCACUGGCACAUGAUUGUACCACUCACCCUCAGAAGUGUUGGUCUUCCAACGGUCAGCCCAAUCAGAGACAGGCAGAGCCUGUAAAACGAUACACUCCACUGAUGAGUGAACCAAAAGUCCAAGUUCAGGAGCCCAGUCGCAUGUCAGGAAACCCCACCGUGGUGGACGAGGUUUUUGAAAAGAUCCUCAACAAUGACCCAGAUACCACUGAAGUCAACCUCAACAACAUUGAAAAUAUCUCCCAAGACACUCUUAUCCGAUUUGCAGAAGCAUUACGUUCUAACACAAACGUACGUUUCUUUAGCCUUGCCAACACGCAUGCAGAUGACCAGGUGGCUUUUGCCAUUGCCAAGAUGCUCAGAGAAAACAGCAACAUCACAAAUCUUAACAUUGAGUCCAACUUCAUCACAGGGAAGGGUAUCCUGGCACUGGUGCAAGCCCUCGCCCGAAACAGCGCUCUAACGGAAAUGCGAUUUCACAACCAGCGACACAUUUGUGGAGGUCAGGUGGAAAUGGAGAUUGUAAAGUUACUGAGGGAGAAUACCACGCUGUUAAAGUUGGGUUACCAGUUUGACCUUCCAGGCCCUCGUAUAAGCAUGACGACCAUUCUUACCCGCAAUCAAGACCUUCAGAGACAAAAGAGAAUGCAGGAGCUGCGCCAACAGCAAGGAGGUGCAGCGACGCCAACAAACCCAAGAACAGUCGCUCUUCAGAAGAGCACGACCAGCUCUUCUCCUUACGGCUCUCCUCGGAGUUCACCAUGGUCAUCUCCAAAGCUACCACGCAUUGACAUGGCGAAAAAGAACGCUCCCCCUGCUCCUCUACUUCCCCCACCACCACCACCUCCUCCACCACCACCACCACCUCCACCUCCACCACCCAAAGCCUUCGUCCCAGAGAAGAAGGCGGCUCCAUCCAGAAUGAUCGCCGAAGUCAUCAAACAACAAGAAGGGACUUCCAAGAAACAGCAGCAUGGUCCCACCAAAUCUAAGUCCAAAAAAGGCAAAAAAGGGGCUCCAAAGCAAACAGAGACUGACAGCAUAUUAAAGGAACUGAAGAAUGCUUUAAAACCCAUCAAUGACAGAGAGAACUCCAGACCAUCCACACCUCAACGUUGCGCUCACGAUGAACUCAUGGCCGCCAUCAGAGGCAGUAGCAUCAAAAGCCUCAAAAGGGUGGAGGUUCCCAAGUAUCUUCGGUAACCAGGCUGUAAGACAGAACAGGAAACCAAUCUCCGGAGCAUCAUCUGCAAUAUAAGAUGUGUAAACAGAGAUGCUGUGUGCUUUUUUCAGACACUUGGAACAUUUCUGGUUAAUGCAGGUGUUUGGCGAGUUUGCAUUAAAUGUUUCAAGAUUUCAAAUUCUGUAAAUGUGCACUUGAUCACAACAGGGUUUUCUGUAUUGGAACUGACCUGGACAUUUGCACUGUAUUCAUUUUUUUAUUAAUAGUGAUAGUUUCUGCUGUUGUUGUGAUUAUACCUUCAUGUUUUAAAAUGAAAAAUCAACUUUGCUAAUGAUUUUUAACACCAUUUCAUGUUUGUAUAAAUGUAAAUAUUUGACGAUUUAAAAUGAUUAAAUUUAAUAAUCAAGUA